GAACAAGUCCAGUCAAUCUCAAUCACUUCUUGAAAAACCAAACAUCGAAUCAAAAUCAAAAUGUCAAUUCCAGAAAAAGAACUCAGCGGAUUUCAAACCGAUGUACGUCGUCGUACCAAUCUAUCUACAACUACCAAUGCACUCAAAUCAACAGCAGAAGGACCCAACGAAGGCAUGAGUAUGUCAAGUCAUGAUUUCUUAAGAACUGUGGAAGAUGAAAUGAAUCGAAUUGUGGAUAGAGAUGUUGAAACAUUAGUAGAAGGAAUGGAAGAGAUCAUUGAUUUAUCUAUGGUUGGACCAGUAGACAAACUCAGAUCUUUACAAGACAGUUUAGCCAUCGAAUUAAGAUCAGAAACUUUAGUUAGAUCAUGUACUUCACUCUUAAGUUUAAGUCAUUCGAUGAAAAUGAUGUGGCUCUUAGGUGAUGAAGCUCAUUCUAGAAACAUUCGAGAUAAAAAAGUUUUAUCACUCACAAACGAAAUUCAAGAUAUCAAAACUGAAGUAGCUAGAUUGAUGGAGAUGAUGAAGUUAGAACCUAAGCUUGUACCAAAUUCACCGGUUUCUGAUGAUAAGAUGGAUUUCACAAUGAAGUCUUCAUCUGAAUAGCUAUUGGCUUUUAUUUAUUGAUUCUGGGACGUCUGGGUAACUUGUAUUCAACUUUAAUUGUAUUUGUAAGAGUCUUACCAUAUAUUCUUUGUAGGUCUAUCCAUCAUUAGUACUGUCAAAUUUAAAUCUAUAUCUCAAUCAGUGUAGU